AUGAUUUCUUCGGGAUCUUUGUUCGAAGCAACAACAGCUUGCUCCAAAACUGAAAACCGUCAUGAUGGAGAAGAGGAUGAUUUUUUGAAGGAGCUGAAUGAAGUCUUGUUGAUGAACACUGGCCAACUUGAGAAUAUGGAAAAUGAUGAGAAUAACGAUAUUAUAACGCUUUCGGAAAUGAAAAACAUGUCAUUGCCAUCAUCAUCCCUUGCAAUGAUUGAAGAGCUGGAAUCCUAUUCGAAUAGUAAUACUAAGAAUACCAAUAUUAAUCAUCACGACGAUAUGCAUUCCGAGCCAAAUCAUUCUCAUCUCAACACCAACAAUAACACACCACAAAGAAAGUCGCACCGUAAUUCGUUUGAAUGUGUGCUUUGUAGUAGCACUUUUCAUAAAAAGUCUCAACUAAGAGCUCACAUUCUUGAAAAACACUCGGCUGUGCUUGAACAAGAGAAUCAUGAUGAGGAAAAAGGAGAAGGUAUUUCAGUGGAAAAUCUUCGGGAAUUUAAUCCUGAUGAUCAUCAACAGCAUCAUCAUUAUCACUUGAUGGAAGAGGAAGGAUUUACUAUUGAUUCACCUUUUUUAGAAUUAUCGGAUUUGGAUGAAUUUAAUUCUGUAUUUUCCGAUUUUCAGAGCGAGGAAUUAAAGAAAGAAAAUAAUAUUAAUAAUAUUAAUGGCAUUACAGAACAACUCGAAGAUUCAUCUCUGGCACAAACUUUGAGCUCAGAAGAACCAGUGGUCAUUUCACUCUACAAAUGCACACAUUCAUCGUGCGGCAAGGAAUUUACAUCUAAGGGAAAACUUGACAAACAUUUAAAGAAACAUGAAGAAAAGAGACAUUUGUGUGGAUUUCCAUCGUGCGGAAAAACAUUUUCAUUCAGACACGAAUUAUUGGAACAUAUCAAGACGAAACAUUCUCCAAAACAAAGCGUAUGCACCAUCUGCAAUAAGGAAUUUAAAGAUUUACAGGCAUUACAGGCACAUUUGAGAACCAUUCACAAGAAUGAGAAAAAAGUGUUUCGAUGCCACUUUGAAGACUGUAACAAGUGUUAUACCAACAAGAGAAAUUUAGACGAUCAUAUCAAGACAACACAUUUGAAAACAAAACAAUUUAAAUGUGAUAUUUGUCAACGAGUGUUAAAACACAAAGCUAGCUUAAGAAGACAUUACAAGAAUGUACACAAUCAGGUAUAUGUGGAUCCAGUAUCUACUCCACUCACUUCUGAAGGAGAAGUCUCAGAUUCCAUCUUUACUGAGGUCAUUACACAAUCAACGAAUGCAAAUGAAAAUGAAUUUUCCAUUCCUCACAGCACCAAAGAAACAAGCAAAAAGAAGAGAAAGAAGAAGAUUACCAAAGAUGAUUGCCAACAAAAAUCAUCGUUCUCUGCUAGUAGUACCAGUAGUAGCGCAACCACAAGCUCCUUUGAAAGCAGCGAAGAAUUCUUUCAGGAUGACGAAGAGGAUGAAUCCUGCUCAAGAAAAAAGAUUAAGGUUGGAAAUGUGUUUUUGGACAGAAUUAUUGGAACUGAUGCAAACGUUUAA